UACGGAACAUGACGUCACUUCCUGGUUGAAUUCCGGGCGCGUCUUUUUGAACUCGGAAGCGGUCAUAUCGACUCGCCUUUAUACAGGGUGGAAAUGGCUUCGAUCAAAGAUCUUGAAGUCGGGGAAAAGUUCAGCAGCAAGCUGGAGGAGAUCAGGAUUAAACUGCUCUCCCAGGCGAUGGGUGAAGUGCUGAACGAGGCUACAGUGGAGUUCUGCCAAGCGCAUAAACAGUACAUGAAGUCUGUCCUGGAUACCUGUGCAAAAAAAUGCCGGGAAGAUGAGACCAUGUUUGAGACCAUACACGCUUAUACAGAAGAGCUAAAACGUCAGAAGUCCAUCAUGAUGGAGCGAAACGGAGAGCGGCCAGAAAUCGUCGGGUCGAUCGAGGACAAAGAAAGCCAUAAAGAACUCCUAAUAGAGAAGAUUGAGAAGCUGAAGCAAGAGCAGGCCAAGAACAGAGAAUUGAUUCACUCCCAAAACAAGGCCAACAAGGACCGGCUAAAGAACCUGAACAAAAUUAAAGAGAUCUUCCAGGAACAUCUAAGCCUCGAGAUCAGAAAAAUUCAGGGUGAGAAGUUGCAGUUCAUCUUCAGAAACAUCAACCACAAGAGUCCCCAAAGUGCCUACACUUUUCUAUUAAGGAUAAACGAGGAUGGAGUUUACCAAAUUGUCUCAUGUGAUCCUCCCCUGGUGCAGAUGGACCAUCUGGAGCGUCGACUGCAGGAGACCAACAACCUCUCUGCCUUUCUGGCUAAUGUCAGGAAAGAGUUUGUGGCACUAUACACUAGUACAAAGACUGCCUGACUACAUACGGAUAUUAUUUGAUAAACCCAGUCCCUGACAUUUUUAACUCUUAAGAUGUUUAAAUGCAGUUCAACUUUUAUGGAAGACUCCACGGUAGCCAGUACGUGCUUCUUUUAUUUGUAUUGUACUUCAAUAUUCUUAUUGUUCUACUUGUAUAUAAGUUGUUUUACCUAAUAAAAUGUAAAAAAAAAAAAA